GAUCAAUGCCCAGAUCCAUAAGGUUCACGCAGGCAAGCCCUCUUUCCCUGAGAGUCCCCCAACUUUGCCUUGCCACCAAUCCUCGCUCUUCUCAGUUGAGUUGUCCUCCACUUCUAUCACAUCCCCUUGAAAGAAGCUUAGAUCGUCAGGAUGCUAAAGAGCUCGCGCCUGGAACGUGUUAA